AUGGCCCAUCCCUCACAAUUAGGUUUUCAAGACGCAGCCUCCCCAGUAAUAGAAGAAUUACUGCAUUUCCAUGACCACGCCUUAAUAAUUGUUUUCCUAAUUAGCGCUUUUGUACUUUACAUUAUCGUAGCUAUAGUGAUAACAAAGUUAACUGACAAAUUUAUCUUAGACUCUCAAGAAGUGGAAAUUAUCUGAACAGUUCUUCCAGCAGUUAUUCUCAUUCUUAUUGCAAUGCCCUCUCUACGAAUUCUUUACCUUAUAGACGAAGUUAACGACCCACACCUAACCAUUAAGGCCGUAGGUCACCAAUGAUAUUGAAGCUAUGAGUAUACUGACUACAAUGAGCUUUGUUUUGACUCCUAUAUAAUCCCAACACAAGAUCUAACCCCCGGACAAUUCCGACUAUUAGAAGUAGACCACCGAGUAGUGCUUCCAGUCGAAUCCCCAGUGCGUGUGUUAGUGUCUGCAGAAGAUGUACUUCACUCAUGAGCUGUCCCAUCCUUGGGCGUAAAAAUAGACGCCGUACCAGGACGCUUAAACCAAACAGCAUUAAUUGCAGCCCACCCAGGUGUAUUUUACGGCCAAUGCUCAGAAAUUUGCGGAGCUAAUCAUAGCUUCAUGCCUAUUGUAGUAGAGGCCGUUCCACUUGAGCACUUUGAAAACUGAUCUCUAUUAAUACUAGACUUAUAA